AUGACCAACACAUCAAAGGACAUUGUUCAACAGCUAUUAUUCAAUGAGUCUAGAUCUACUUCUGCACCUCCUCAAAUGGAUAGAACUGGAAGUUCUGGAGAAGUAAUUAGUUUAGAAGAUUUAGAAAAACAAGCGUAUAGAGCUCAUCCUGAAUAUCACCAGUAUUAUUUCCAACAAAAACCUGCUGAUCCGAGAUUACCAAAACCAUUGUUUGCCUGGAACCUUCCAAAAGGAUAUGAAACUGUUUUAAAGAAAGCAUUUAAAACAACACCAUUUAAUUUAGAUAAAAUAUUAGAGGGUUUGUCAGGUCCUAAUCUUCGAAAUGAAUUAGGAGUUGAAAAUGAAGAGAGUUAUGAAGAAGAAGAUGAUGAAAGUGAAGAAGAUAGUGAUGAAGACAAUACAAAUGAAAGUUCUGAAGAAGGGGAAGAUAGUGAUGAAGAUAGUGAAGAUACAGAAGAAAGUUCUGAAGAAGGAGAAGAGGAUAGUGAAAGUUAUGAAGAAGAAGAAGAGAGUCAAAUGAAUAGAUAUUCACGUUAUCAACAACCAUAUCAACCUAAUUACCAGUACAAUGGAAAUAACUAUCCAAUAAACUUUGGAUACAUUUAUCCAAUAAAUGAAAAUGUUGCUCUUGAUUAUGUUUCAAUGAGUAAAGAACAUAACGGAAGUAGAACAGUUCAACAAAGUAUUGAAAAAGGAAAUGAAACUGAACGACAAAAAAUAUGGAGAGCACUUCAAGAUCAUAUUGUAGAGUUAUCAUCUGAUUUAUUUGCUAAUUAUGUGAUACAAAAAGCACUAGAAUUUAUUCCAGAAUCACGUCAUAUUGUUCCACAAAAAAUGAAAGGGAAUGUAUUAAGACUUACAUUACAUAUGUAUGGAUGUCGUGUUGUUCAAAAGGCUGUUGAAUAUGCAUCAGUAAAAGAUAGAAGAUUAUUGUUUGAAGAAUUAAGGAAAUCCUUAGUAAGAUGUAUUGAAGAUCAAAAUGGAAAUCAUGUUAUUCAAAAAUGUGUUGAAAAAGGAGAUCGUCAAAUGGUUAUGGAUAUUGUUAACGCACUUCAAGGAAUUGUUUUAGAAUGUUGUAAACAUCCAUAUGGAUGUAGAGUUGUUCAACGAGUAAUAGAAAGUGUUGAUUAUGAUUGUGUAACUGAAUUAUUACAAGUCAUUGAACCACAUUCACUUGAUUUAACUGAAGAUCAAUAUGGAAAUUAUGUUGUUCAAAAUGUACUUGAACGAGGAUAUCCAAAUGAUCGUCAUAAUAUCUUACAACAAAUUAAAGGAAAUAUUGUUCGUUUGUCUAUGGGAAAAUAUUCAUCAAAUGUUAUUGAAAAAUGUUUUAAAUUUGCUACACCAAAUGAACGUCAACAAAUUUUAGAAGAAAUUUACCAAAAUAAUGGAAUUUUACAAAUGAUGCAAGACCAAUUCGCUAAUUAUGUUGUUCAAAAAAUUAUUGAAGCAAUUGAUAGUUUAGAACGUGAAAAGAUAGUAGAAUUAUUCAUCAAACCCAAUUUAAGCAUUUUAAAGAAAGUUACUUAUACCAAACAUAUCUUAAACUUGUUAGAAACUCUUGAUGACACUCAUUUAUGA